GCAUCCACCAUCCGACGCUCCUCAAGGUCGCGCGUACAAAGCAUCACGGGAAGUAUCGGAUUCUCCGUGUGACCGUGUAUCAUUGGCGAAAUGUCACGAGUUCCCGACGCACAGAUGCGUCGUUCUGAAUAAAUGAAAGCGCAUGGAGGGGGUUUGGGGAAAGCAGAGGUCAGGCUGAUUACUGCUGUUAUUGGCUGAAGCAAACCAAGGGGGCAUUUUAUACGUCAAAGGGCAACGUGAGAAUCGCCACGUAUUCCUAGUGUGACAAAUACACACGAAAAUCCUCACCGAUAACCAGUGGAUGAGAGCGACAGGCGCACGGGCGGAUCAAGCUUAAAGUGCGUUUGGUAUCGGAACCUUCGUGCAAAUCUGCGCGUUCUCGACUUGCUGCCACUCCCAUUUCACUGGAUCAUGGAGGGGGAGAAGAAGGAAGUGACAUGCUAUCUUCUGUUCUCUCUGUCCACUGCUGUAAUCGGUUCCCUGCAGUUCGGCUAUAACACUGGAGUCAUCAAUGCACCUGAGCAGAAACUGCGCACGUUCUUCAACAACACAUGGAUUGAACGUUAUGGCAAGCCCAUCGACCCUGGCGUGUGCACCAUCGUGUGGAGUUUUGCGGUGGCUAUCUUUAGCGUGGGUGGAAUGGUGGGCUCAUUCAGUGUUGGUGUCCUUGCCAACAAGUUUGGACGACGCAAUUCCAUGUUUCUGGUGAAUAUUUUGGCCUUGAUCGGUGGAGGACUCAUGGGGUUUUGCACGCUUUUCUCUUCUUUUGAAAUGGUUAUCGCUGGCCGCUUGGUUAUUGGCCUCUUCUGUGGCCUUUUCACUGGUCUCACCCCUAUGUAUGUGGGGGAAGUUUCACCAACGCCUCUCCGGGGAGCCUUUGGGACUCUACACCAGCUCGGCGUGGUAGUAGGGAUCUUGAUUGCACAGAUCUUUGGCCUGGAGUUUCUGCUGGGCUCAGAUAAAUUGUGGCCUGUGCUGCUGGCUCUGACUGUGAUCCCUGCGGUAAUACAAUGUUUGCUGCUGCCCUUCUGCCCUGAGAGUCCACGCUAUCUUCUCAUUAACCAAAAUAAAGAGGAACAAGCUCGCAAAGCAUUGGUUCGUCUCCGUGGCAGCGAGGACGUGUCAAAAGACAUGCAGGAGAUGAAGGAAGAAAGUGUAAAAAUGAACAUGGAAAAGAGGGCAACCAUCGCUGAGCUGUUCCGCACAGCCGCGUAUCGUCAGCCACUUCUCAUCGCUGUCAUGCUUCAGCUCUCUCAGCAGCUAUCCGGGAUCAAUGCUGUGUUUUACUAUUCAACAGGUAUUUUUAAGUCUGCUGGUGUGACCAAGCCAAUAUAUGCUACCAUCGGAGCUGGAAUUGUGAACACUGUUUUCACUGUGGUAUCUCUCUUCCUUGUUGAAAGAGCUGGACGAAGGACUUUACACCUCAUUGGCUUGGCUGGCAUGGCAGUCAGUGCCCUGCUAAUGACCAUCACUCUUUCAUUGAACUACAUCCCAUCUCUGAAUUAUGUCAGCAUUGCAGCAGUGUUUGCUUUUGUGGCUAUGUUUGAGAUGGGUCCAGGACCCAUCCCAUGGUUCAUUGUUGCUGAGCUCUUCUCCCAAGGACCACGUCCUGCUGCUAUGGCCGUUGCAGGAUGUUCCAACUGGACGGCCAACUUCCUUGUGGGCAUCAGUUUCCCAAAAUUAAAGGAACUGUGCGGGCCAUAUGUUUUCAUUAUCUUCACGGUCCUACUCGUCUUCUUCUUCAUCUUCACAUACUUCCGCGUUCCUGAGACCAAGGGUCGAACCUUUGAAGAGAUAGCUCAACUCUUCGGCGGGGUUCCUCCACCAAGCACCAGUCUACAAGAGGUUGAUGUGGUCACAGGGCCUAGCUCUACAGCAAAGGAGAAAGUCCCACUGGUGGCAGCAAAUUCUGAAGCAAAGGAGACACCAAGUUCUUCUGGGAACAUGGCUUCAGGAGGUGUGACUGGUGAGGAGAAACCCGAGUCUGCAACACAACUAGUUACAUCUACCGCAGAAGACAAAUCGAAUAUUACUCUCCAGGAAAGUGUUUAGUUAAAACUGAAGGUUAUUUAUUUAUUUAUUUAUUUAUUUAUUUAUUUAUUUAUUUAUUUAUUUAUUUUUGAUGUUAGAUAGACACUUUGUCCACAGUGUCAGUAAAAUGUAUUGAAGUCAUUGUUCUGUUUUGAUGGAGCUAGUGCAAUGAAAUCCUCACAUAUUACUUGGAUUGUAUUAUUAUUGGACUGGUCUGGACUGGAAUUUUGAAUUUUUAGUACUUUUAAAUUCAGUUUUCAUUACAAUGUGCAUAUUAUACAUAAUGAAACAGGUUUAGGUUUAAAGUAAUUAAUUAAAUUUAAAUAAAAUAUAUAUAUAAUUACAUAAUUAGUUUAUAACAAAAUUAGUUUGAAAAAAGUAUUUAGGAGCUUAAAAAUGAAUAUAGUUGCUUCAGUAAUGGAAGUAAGCACUAAGUAGUAAUGCUUUCACAUAAUUGAGAACAUAAUUAUCCUUUAGUGUAGAAUGUGGCCUCGACAAGUGCAAAUGAAUUCAAAGUACAGUAACCGCUCCUGCAAACAAACUAUUAAUUCAUAUAUAGGUUAUUUAAAAUUCCCAGACAUACACAUAACAUGUUUCUGAAAUAUUUUGUGUGAAAAGGUAGAAAAUUGUUACUUUUUCGUCUUAUUGUAUAAGCGUUUUUGUGCUGCACCAAUUGAAAUGUUUAAAACUGAGGCAGUUUAGAGGGAUUUAUGGUACCGAAAUGUAAACUUCACCUUGCUUGCUUAGUGAUGUACUUCAUCAUCUGUGUGCACAAUAAUUAAUUAAUUAAUUAAUUUAAUUGUUUAUUUAUGCCUGCAUGUAAUUGAUUUUUUAAAAUUAUUUUUCUUGUUUGAUAUUUUGACCAUCAGAUAUAUUUGUGUAAAAUGAAAUGUAUUUCUUGCUGUGCACUUUUAAGGUCCAAAAGAGCAUUGAAAUAUCUAGCUUUUUCCUGUUUCUAAUGUCAAAAGUGUGAUUAUAGUAUGUCUUGUACCGAGGUGAUGCUUACUUGUUUCGAUGAUGUGCAAUUAAUGUAUCUGAUUUUUCUCCUUGAAGGUCAGAUAAUGUGUGUGUUUUAGGUCUGUGUGUGCUUUCCACGUGAAAUCAGGGGGCUAAUCAACAAACUAUGUGUUGAGAAGUAAUUUUAGAAGCCUAAAAUGGAACCAAACCUUUAUUUUUCUUAUGCCAUACACAGGGGUCUAAUCCCAUGUUCUUAUACAGAAAGUGCCAGUGUGGCUGCAGGCUUUCACUUGUUUAAUCAGUUCAGCAGCCUUUCAAUCAAUAAUCAAGUGUACCUGCAGUUCGGCUGUAAUAAAAAUCUGCAGUCAUAUGCAGCUCUUUCUGGAUAAAACAAAGGACCCCUGUCAUAGAAUGUAAAGAAUAAUAUUACCAAAUAUUACUCAUAUAUUGCCAUCACCCCCUACAUUAGUGGCUUCACUGUAAACACCAUUUAGUGUGCAAAGCUAUAGAGGUAUUUUGAUAUAAAUACAUAUUUUAAACUUUAAUUAAAUGUAUCUAUAUUUGAAUUUUUAUUGGUGCUUUUUCUUGAUGAUUCUUUUGCUGCUUCCUCUACAAGACAUCUGACAAGAGAAAUUAAGA